UUCAAACUACAGUAUUAAUAAAGAAGAAGAGUCAAAUUGAUUUAAUCGGUGGUCACAGGACUCACAGCUUUUAUUUUAUUUAUUAUUAAGCUCUCAGUUUCAUUUUCUGCGUGAGAGAGAGAGAGAGAGAGACAAUGCCGUUGGUGAGGUUCAAGAUACGGAACGAGCUAAGCUUAGGUGGCCCUGAGCUGAAUCGCAGCGCCGCCGUGGAAAAUGAGGAACCCAAGGCGAUUCUCGGCGCUGUUGAAGUUGCUGGACUCAUCGGCAUACUUCGUCAGUUAGGCGAUCUCGCCGAAUUUUCCGCAGAAGUAUUUAAUGGCAUACAAGAAGAAGUGACUGUUACAGCGUCAAGGUGUCAGAAAUUGACAGGCCGUGUUAGGCGGAUAGAGUCAGCGCUGUCACCUCUUGAAAAGGCUGUGUUGUCACAGACAAGCCACAUACAUUUUGCAUAUACCGCAGGCUCUGAGUGGCAUCCUCGUAUAAGGAAUGGACAUAGUCAUUUUGUGCAGAGUGAUUUGCCACUGUGUGUUAUGGAAAGUUAUGAACAAUGCAGAGAUCCUCCUCCUUUGCAUCUGCUUGAUAGAUUUUCUAUAGGUGGUCCUGGAUCGUGUCUGAGAAAAUACUCUGACCCAACAUUCUUUAGAAAAAAAUUAGGCAACCCCAAUAAAGCAGACGAUAUCAAGGUCCAGAGAGAUCAAGCUCACCGCAAGCGAAAGAAAAAAAGAUUACCACAAAGAAACAUUUGCAGAUCAAAUGCAGUAUCUACAUCGGAUGAAACUAAUGGGCCUCAUCUCAGUUCUCUUACUGAUGACAGACAGACAACAUCUCAGAGUACGUCCACAGUUGACAUGCCACGUAGCUCUAAUAUGCAGGAAUUAUCUGAUAUCAUGGACCAAUCUCAUCUGCAAGGACAGUUAGAUGUGCAAGAACAAAGUGAAGCACAAGUACAAUCAGAUUUUCAAGAGUCAUCAAAAGCUCGUGAUUCUAUUACUGGUUCAGGAUAUAUUGAGUAUGUCAUCAAUCAAAGUCCUGUUAAUAAGCCUGAAGUGAAGCUAGUAGAGGGUUAUCUGUCUGGGUCCUUACAACCUGCUGAUAGAAUAGGUUCAGCUGUUCCUGAAGGGUGCACAGGUGUUGUAGAUGAUAAUAUCCUAUAUAGCCCCUCAGAAGACCUACAUGGGCCUUGUGUCUCUGUUUCUCGUGAAAAGAAAAAAGAAAAACUUGAACCUAUGGAAAAGAAAAGCAGCAAAGUUGAAGAAGUGUCUGAGAUGCAUGAGUCAAAAUUUGGUCCAGAAACACCAGACAGGGGUAGGCAAAAUCAAAAGGACUUUGAUAGGACGCAUAUUUUGUUUGAUGAGGUAGAUAUUGUGCAAGAAAACGAGAGUAAGAACCAGGCCAACAAUAUUGAUGGAACACUAGUACUUGAGAGCGAAGGAGAAGAUAAGAGUGAACAAGGAAGUGAAGUAGAUGAGUUUGUGGAUGCUCGUAAUACAAUUGAUUCGGAAUCAGAGAGUGAUCUUGAUGGAGUACCAAAACCGAAACUAGAGCAUUAUUUUGGGGAUGUUAGUACAUAUUGUUCGGAAGAUGCUAACAGUGACAACAAUGAUGGAUCAGAAGAUACACCAUAUGAACAAAUGGCACAUGCUCCACGCCAUGAAAACCCUCUAGAUGAAUCUUGUUCAGGUUCCUGCCUUCCUAAUGAUGCAAAUGGUUCCUUUUGCCUUUCAGAUCCAGUGUGUGGGAAAAUUCUGUCUUAUGAUGAGACUUUUCAAAAGCCAUGGGAAUUUUUUGCAGAGUGCCCUUCAUUAUUGGCUGAAGAAGCUUUUCCGAAUAUAGCAGUUUUGCGAGAAGAACCUGUUGCUGCACAUCCCAUUUUGGCAGGAGACUCUACUCAGGAAAAUAUCUCAUCUGAAUAUCCGACAUCCUCAUGUCUGUCACUGAAAGAUGCUAUUCCUACUGAAAAGAUAUUGCCAGAAGAACAUUUGGCCAACCAUCCAUCUCUCGCAGAAGCUAUUCCCCAUGAAAAGACCGCACCAGGAGAGUCUGUUGCCAAAUUUCCGUCUUUUGCAGAAAGGAUGGAGCUUUCGAGUGAGGAUUGGCCGAGGGCAGUUCGAGAUGUACCGGAAAUCCUGCCCCAAGAAAAAAUAUUGCCUAGAAAAUCUCUUCCCAGCACUCUGUCUGUGGCAGAAUCUGUGUAUGACAAUAUGACCCCGUCAGGAGAACCUGACACAGCUCGUCCAUCUUUUUCCGAAGCUAUCCAAGAAAAUAAUUCAAAAAAUCUGUCUGUGCCAGAGGCUGAUUCACAAGAGAAAAUCUCACUUGAAGAAGCUGUUGGGAUCUAUCCGUGUUUGGUAAAAUCUGUUCCAGAUGAAAGGUUAUUGACAGAAGAAAUAGAAGAACCUGCCACCACAUGUCAGUCUUUGACAAAAGCUAUGCCUAUAGAAAAAAAUUUCCCAGAACAACUUUUGGAAGAGCAUCAUUAUUUGUUAGAACUGCCUAAAGAAAAGAUCUUGCAAGAAACAUUUGUUGGUUCUACACAUCCAUCAUGUGCUAAAGCUGGUCCAGACGCAAAUCUAUCAUCUGAAGUUCUUACUUCCACAUAUUUGUCUGUGGCCGAAGCUAUUCCACAAGAGCAGAUGCCACUUGAAGAAUUUGUUGGCGUAAAUCCGUAUUUGGCAGAAGCUAAUCCUGAUGAAAGGUUCUCGCCAGAAGAACCUGUUACCACUCAUCUGUCUUUGACAAAAUCCGUGGUCAUUGAAAAGGUCUUGGCAGAAGAGCUUUUGGAAACAUAUCCUGGAGAACUACCUAAAGAAAAUAUUUUGCACGAGGAAACUGAUGAUGCCACAGAUCCAUCGGAAGCUGUUAGUGAUGAAGAAAUCUUAUCAGAAGUUUCUAAUUCCACAAAUGUGUCACUGGAAGAAUCUCUUCCAGAAGAGCAACUCUCAGUUGAAGAAUUUGUUGGCAUAAAUCCGUUUUUGGCAAAAGCUAUUCCUGAUGAAACUUUUUUGCCAGAAGAGAAUGUCCCCACAUGUCUCUCUUUGACAAAAGCGGCAGCAAUUGAAGGAGUCUUGCCAGAAAAAUCUUUGGAAACAUAUCCUUCCUUGGUAGAAUUGUCUAAAGCGAAGAUGUCGCAUGAGGAAACUAAUGAUGUCACACGUCUGUCUGAAGCUAUUUAUGAUGAAGAAAUCUCAUCAGAAGUUUCUGAGUCCACAAAUUUGUCACUAGAAGAAGCUCUUCCGCAAGAGAAAAUCUCACUUGAAGAAGUUGGGGGCAUAAAUCCGUGUUUGGCAGAAGCUAUUCCUGAUGAAAGGUUAUUGCCAGAAGAACCCGGCAUCCCAUAUCUCUCUUUGACAAACGAUGCGGCAAUUAAAGGAAUCUUGCCAGAAAAACCUUUGGAAACGUAUCUUGCACUGGCAGAAUUGCCUGAAGAAAAGGUUUUGCAUGAAGAAGCUGAUGAUGCCACACAUCCAUCUCUUUUUGAAGCUGUUAGUAAUGAACAAAUCUUACCAGAACUUCUUGAUUCCACAAAUUUGCUUGUGGCAGAAGCUGAACUACAAGAGCAAAUCCCAGUUGAAGAAUAUGUUGGGAUAGAUCCAUGUUUCACAGAAGCUAUUCCAGAUAAGAGGCCAGAGGGACCAGUCAUCACAUGUAUGUCUAUUGAAGAAGGCUUGCCAGAAGAACCGUUAGAAGCGUAUGCUUCUUUGGAACAAUUGCCUAAAUAUAAGAUCUCACAAGAAACAAUUGAUGAUACCAAACAUCCAUCUUGUGCCAAAACUGAAAGUGAUGAAAACAUCGCACCAGAAGUUCUUGAUUUAACAAAUUUGUCUGUGGCAGAAGCUAUUCCUCAUAUGCAAAUCUCACUUGAAGAAUCUAGUGGCAUAGUUCCGUUUUCGGCAGUAGAUGUUCCUGAUGAAAGGAUUUCGCCUGAAGAACCUAUCACCACAUGUCUGCCUUUGGCAAAAGCCAUGCCUAUUGAGACAAUCAUUCCUGAAAAAUCUUCGGAAAUAUAUCCUUCUUCGGAAGAAUCGUAUGAAGAAAAGAUCUUGCAAGAUGAAGAACCUGAUGAUGCCACACAUCCAUCUUUUUCUGAAACUGUUGGUGAUAAAAAGAAUUCGCCACUAGAAAUGCAUGGUUCCACAUAUCCGUCUUUGGAAGAAUCUGUUCAUCUCGAGAAAACCUCACAUGAAGAACUUCUUAGCACAAAUUCGUUUUUGGCAGUAGCUGUUCCUGAUGAAAGGAUUUUGCCAGAAGAACCUGUUACCACAUGUGUGCCUUUGACAAAAGCCACGCCUGUUGAAACAAUCUUUCCAGAAGAAUCUUUGGAAGUGUAUCCUUCUUUGGUUGAAUCGCAGGAAGAAAAGAUUUGGCAAGAAGAAGAACUUGAUGAUGCCACACAUCCAUCAUUUUCUGAAGCUGUUGGUGAUGAAAAGAUCUCGUCACUAGAAGUUCCUGAUUCCACAUAUCCAUCUUUAGAAGAAUCUGUUCCGCAUGAGAAAAUUUCACAGGAAGAACUUGGUAGCACAAAUCCUUUUUUGGAAUUAGCUGUUCCCAAAGAAAGAAGUUUCCCAGACAAACCUGGCGUCACAUAUCAGUCGUUGGCAGAAGCUGCUUCUAAGGAAAAUAACUUGCCAGAAAAACCCUUGCCUGCAUAUUCGUCUUUGGCAGAAGCUGUACCUGAUGAAAAGAUAUCUCUGGAAGAACCUGAUGCAGAAGCUGUUUUUGAUGAAAAUAUCUCAGGCUUUGAAGCUCCAGGUUCUAUGAUAGUAACUGGUCCACACAACAAAGUCUUCCCUGAUGAUUUUGCCGUGGAUAAUUCCUUGGCUGAAGCUGGUUUUCAUGAAAAGAUCCCAGACUCAGAAGCUCCUGUCUCCAUAACAGAGACUGGUCCACACGACAAAACCUUCCCUAAAGAACAUUUUCCUGACGACGAUAUUCUGCCAAAAGAACCUGCUGCUACAUAUCUGGCUUUGGCGGAAGGUAUUCCUGACCAGAAGGUAUUUUUGGACGAUGCCGCACUUCUAUUAUUUGCAGAAGCUAUUUUUGAUCAAAAGUUCUCACCAGAAGUCCCGGAUUCCACAUAUCCUUCUUUGAAAGAACCUGAAAUGCAUGCUGCGCCACCAUCUUUGGUAACCGAUCUUCCUGCUAAAAAUAUUUCGGUGAAAGAAGGUGCAGCGUAUGGUGAACCCUACUCAGCAUCUGAUGUCUCUAUGAAUCAGAAGAGUGGUUUCUUGGAAUCAGAAUCUGCUGAUAGAACAAUUCCCUUUAGUGGUAGUACAUUCAUGAUUUCUUUAGAUACCCGGGAAUCUCUUUCAAAUGGUACAAAUGUUGAACCAGUAAGUAUAUGGAGCAAUGGGGGACUCCUUGGACUUGCACCAUUGAAACCUCCAGUUUUUGCUGAGCCUAAUUCUGCAAGCGAACAUUUACAGAAUGAGAUCAACAAAGCUAGUGUUCUUUCUACAAGGAAGCAGGAAUCAUCGAGCCUAUCUAUUGAAAAUACUGAGAAGAGCUCACUUCCGAUAGUUGUUUCAGAUCCUACAUCUCAACAACACAGUAACAUGCUGAGUCCCUCUCACCUACAGAGCACUGGAACAUCAUUCAGAGUCUUUGGCUUAAGUCAUAGACUAUUCAUGGCUGGGUUUCGUGGAAACUCUUCCUCAACUUGCAAAUUUGAAUCCGUACCUAGUAGUAGCUAUGAUACCAAUGUAGCAGCUACCAGAGACAAGUCUCAACAAACUCUUGGUGACUCGAGCUUUGAGGAGCAAUUGGAUUAUGAAUCAUCUCUCUUUGGCUCGCCUACUUCAUCACCUUUGGUUGAACAUAUGAAAAUAUCAUUCAACCCAAAAGACGCCUCUCCUGUUCCCAAAUUGAAACUGAGAAUCCCAAGCCAAACUCAGUACAAUGGGCAAAAUGCGGAUAUGUUCCCUUCGUUUCAGUUGGUUCCAGAGGCUAGCAACUCUGAUGACGACGACAACAGCGAUACCUUUUGCCAGUCAUCUCCUUGUGUUUCAGACAAUUGUUUGUCGGAUUCUGAGCUGUGGGAAUCUGAUGAAAGCCCUAGAAAAACUGUAUCAAGCUUGGAGCAAGUUGGAGAAAGAAAUAGGCAUGGCGAUAUGGGUUCUUUCUCUGGUUCGUUUCUUGAUCUUCCAUGUUACGAUGCCGUAGAUCAUCAGUCCACAUCUUCAAGACUGGACCAAGAACAAGUACCAGAAUACAAACCAUCUGUCUCAGAGAUCAUCCGUGACUGGCCACCGAACCAACCAAAAAGCAGUCCCAGUAUUGAAGCAAACGAUGACGCAAACACAGUACUGAAGAAAACGCAAGAUCAAUCUCCCGGGCUAUUAGCUACAGAUGACGGUGGUGAAAGAUAAAUCGGUGAUACUGUCAUGAUGAACAUAAAAUCACAGGAAUCUAAUAAUGAUUCUUAUUGGUUAUUGUACAUUCCUUUGUCAUUUCAACUUUCUUGUUCAUGUAAAAAACAAACACUAUUUAUAAAUCAGAAAUUUAAAUUUGACGCUCCUAAAAAAGAUGAUAAAUUAUUUAA